GGGGGCAUAUCAAUAUUUCACGACUGUUUAAUGCAAGCAAUGAAGUUACUUUUUACGGUCUUGUCUUUCUUGCGAUACAUCAUUUAUUUAUCUUGCUGUUUUGCCGUGCAUCAUUUCGCGGACCCACUGCGCAAUUUGCAGAGAUAAACCCUCGAGAUAAUCCUUAAAAACUGGGUUGCUGGAAAAUCUGUCGAUUUAGUUUUCAGUGCACAAACACGAACUACACUACAGGCAGGACAAUGCGGAGGACCCAGACAUAGCUGAGACCUCUCACAUUGCAGCAUCGCCUGGGUUAAUCUAGGAAAAGGUAGAAGCUCGCGUAUCCAAGACGUUUAUUUAAAAGCAUAUUGAGGUGUAAGCGAAACUGCUUCUAAUGUUUCAGCGCUGUAACCGAGAUCGAGAGAAGUUAUCUUGCUGAGCCUGUCUGGUGCUGACGUUUUGUGAAGGGGCGCACUUCUGCAGAAGUUAACAGAGUCACGAGAUAAUAUUUAUUCUUCAAGAGGGGAGAUGCAAGCCACUAUACGGAAACGACAGAACCCCGUGAUAUUGCAAGGAUCUGUUUUUCACCAAAGCAGACACGGGUCACAUGACUCAGAGUCUUCCAGUAAGAAGCCCCAGUUCCAUCUGGACCUGUGGUUUUACUUCACUGUGCAGAACUGGCUGCUGGACUUUGGCCGUCCAAUCGUAAUGAUAAUUCUGCCGCUGGAGUGGUUCCCAUUGAACAAGCCCAGCGCUGGUGAUUACUUUCAUAUGGCUUACAACGUCAUCACCCCUUUUCUUCUGCUCAAGCUUAUCGAAAGAUCUCCUAAAACACUGCCGAGGUCGGCGGUCUAUGUCUGCAUAAUAAUGUUUGUGAUGGGAGCUAGCAUUCAUCUGGUGGGGGAUUCUAUCAAUCAUCGUUUGAUUCUGAGUGGAUACCAGCUACAUCUGUCCGUCAGAGAAAAUCCCAUCAUCAAGAACCUUAAGCCAGAGACGCUGAUUGACUCCUUUGAGCUCCUCUAUUACUACGACGAAAGUUUAGGCCACUCAAUGUGGUACAUUCCAUUUUUCUUGAUACUAUUCCUGUACUUCACCGGGUGCUUCACUCACGUUAAGGAAGGGAAAGCAAUGCCUUUGUCUGCAUGGCUUCUUGUGGGGCCAAGUGGCCUGUAUUACUGGUACCUUGUAACGGAGGGUCAGAUUUUCAUCCUGUACAUUUUCACGUUCUUCGCGAUGAUGGCUAUUAUAAUGCACCAGAAGCGCAAAGGCUUCGUCCUGGACAGCAACGGGCUCUUCCUUUUCUACACCUUCUGCAUCACCCUCGCACUCAUCGCAGUCUGGGUGGCUUGUUUGUGGAACGACAAGAUCUUGAGAAAAAAAUACCCGGGGGUUAUCUACGUCCCCGAGCCGUGGGCUUUCUAUACUUUACACAUGAAGGACCAGCGUUAGAACCUCGAGCAAUGGCCUCUGUUCUCCAGUGCAGCAGACGGGAUAUUUUGCUCACAACACAGUACAUUAUUUCCUUCUGUGCAAAGGUAUUCUCAGGCUGUGCCAAGGACUGUACUUAUUUUUUUUUGGAUCAACAAUUCUAGCAAAAGAUAGUUUAACUAACUGGUGACUAGCAACCCACUCCCUGGUAAGCCUGCACUGUAUUAAAUAUGCAAUUAUUGUAAACUCCAGGAGCAAUGCUAUCUAGAGGAGCUUUUUCUGUAGGACAGACUGAAGAAGUGAGAUUUUUUAAAUAUUCUUUAUUGGCUGUACAUUAAACUUCAGCAUCAUUGGCUAUUUACCUCCCAGUUAAACAAGACAGAAGAAAGACAGAAGUUAUGCCCACAGUAGUUAAAAAAGCACCAGUGCCCAUAUGCUCAUUUAGUAUUUUACUUAAACUAAAACUGAAAAAUAUUUUGUCUGCCUUCUUUAGUCAGAACAAACAGCAGUUUCCCCGCGGGUCCUCCUGGAUAUGUUAUAUAUUGCCUGCUUGAGCCUGCAAUGUUAACUGAAGGCUGGCAGUUUAAUUCACAGUGUGACAGUGCAGCCAGAUUGCUUCAAGGAGGAAGGAAUCUUAAACAAACUGGUAGGUCAACAAUGCCUGAUUCUUGACGAAGGGGUGUGCCCAGAAGACCAAACAGUCGACUAAUGCAUUAAACAUUUACGUGGGUCAAGCAAAAAUGAACAUGGUCUUUUACUUGGGUAGAGUACAUGAAUGUAACAGAUUUACAAUGUAGCGUUCUGAUUCAUGUAUUUUCAUAUUCUCUGGUAUUCUGUUUGAUACUCUGUCCCUCAUGCGCUAGCACAGCGCACAGGAACCUAUAGGAAGAAUAAUCGCUCCACACGUCCCCGGCUCUGUAGAGGCCCCCCCGCCCCCCUUCAGUGGCACCCUCUCCUGCCCGGUCUCCCGCUGCUUGUUCGGUUACUGGAUCGUUUGGGUUAUCCCUCACAGUAGAUGUGCUGGUCAGAUUAAAACAAAAGCUGAAAAAGACACAUCUUUACUACAGAAUCAUGUAUACAUGUCGGCUUGGCUAGCUUCUUUAUUUAUUCUGUUUUUUUUUUAAAGCCUUUUUAAAUUGGAAAUGAAGGCAUGACUUUUUGAUGACUCGACACCCUCACUGUACCUUAUUGCUCUGCGUGACGUUGUUUAUUUUAGUGUGACAAAGUCUGUAAGUUCCACCCCCUGCCCACUUAUUUAAAAAUGUAUUUAUUUAGUUAGCAUGUGCCGUUGUCUUAAUUGUCUAACGCACAGGAACUAUAGCAUUGGUUUUGUUUUUGAUAUUAAAGAUAAUGCUGUUUAUUUUUGUUGUGGGUUCCUCAUUCCAAUGCAUCAAGUGCUUCAUAAAAUAAUAAUAAUACAAUAAAAUAAAACACUUUUCCUGGAAGACACCAUAUGGAAUCCGCCUCUAAUCAAAAGUAAAGUAACAGUGCAUGUUACAUUUAGAGCUGGUUUCACAGUCCCUGGUUAACACGGUGAAACCAGUCCAUGAUGUUGCUGAUUUCAAGGUCGAUACUGCUUUUAUCAAUCUGUUUUCUUGUUUGAACUUUAGGUCUUACUAGAUGCAGUGCCAGCUGUUUCUCUUGUUUGUUGAUUUAUUCAAAGGGAGACGCUGUUUCUGUUGUGUAAUCUGGAUCCUGUCAAGUGGGAUUGUGUUGCCAGCCUGACUUGGUGGUGAAAUGUUUGCAUGUGAA